GGGGCUUCAGGCAGAACAUGAAGAAGCGCGAGUUGGUCACUGAGCUCAAGCCGACAGGGAACCUCAAGUUCAAAGCCCAGUUGGCCAACGGUUCUGGCCGUAUUCUACCACGUGCUCGCCAUCUUGGCGGGCGGUGCGCGAGGAACGACGGCGCGAAUGUUGAGGUCGGCUAUCGCAUUGACGCGCUGAAGAAGGGCUGGCUUGACAUGGGCAGAUUAUGGUUUGCGAAGAGCCCUCACACAUUACGACGACAACUAUUUCUUGGCAACGUGGUGGGGGCUGCUCUGUCGGGCAUGCGGAGUGAUUUUCUCUCGGAGGCAGCGCUUCACCGCUUGGGCGUGCAGAUCUGCAACAAGUUGAGGGUCCUCGAAGGCGGGGCGCAGGUGGCACACGACACACACAUAAAGGUUCUCACUAACAGGGAGCUGAUGAAGCGCUGCGGAAUGGUCCCUGCACGAGCGGCUCUGGCGAUGCAACGUGUGCGCUGGCUACAAGACAUGGUACGACACCCUCUUGCUCAUCAGCAGGUGAUGGUUGCGCUGUGGGGCCAUCUGGAGGAUGCCCCGUCUCCCAUCGACGUGGAAGGGAAGCUGACGGUGUCCAUGAGCCCGUGCGCCAGGCAGUUCACGCGAGACCUCAUGUUGCUGGAGGGCAUCAGCGGCACCAAGGACUUCUUCGAGGAGUGGCUGGAGUUGUGGAGCUGCGAGGAUGUGUCCAAGGCCUUUUUGAAGGUGGACGCGAAGCUACUCGAGGUGCCGCUGAUGAGGGAGGGUCGGCUGUGGGAGAAGCUGGCGCCCAAGGCUCGCGUGACGGAGGAGGCCCAGGGUGAGUACGUAUGUGGCCUGCUGGACGUGCAGAGCGCCGAUUGCAGCCUGUGCUUUGACUCGCUGAAGAAGCUGGCGACGCAUAUGACGAAGGCUCGCGGUGGGGGUCGUGGCGUCCUGUGCCUGCUUAGGCGGCAGAAGGAGCUGCUGGAGAAGAGGACGCAUGCCGCCGCGUCAAGUGCGCGCAGGGGGAUGCGCAAGUUCGGCGGGUGCCUAUUCGACACUUUUCUCUGUCCUGCCGACGGCCUGAAGGCGACGAAGAUCUCGGAGCAGACUCACAACUACUCGACGGCGGUGAAGAAGGAUGGGAAAGGACACCCCCGCGGAGCGCCGUAUACCUGGGCGUCCGCAGGGCUGAUCGAGGCGCUGAAGGAGAGGGGCAGCGAGGUGAGAGGUAUGAACGCGAACAACGUCAUGGAGAUAUGGGAGUGGCUCGACUCACACACCGUGGAGGACAAGAUGGAGAUGAUCACAAUGUGCCGCCUGGACAAAGCGUACGACAAAGAAAAGAGGAUCACCCUCGUGCUGCGCGAGGAGCGGUGGCGCCAGGUGGCCAGAGCUGCGUCCAGGUGGGGAUGA